GUCGGAACAAAUGUACCAUAGGACGGUGUGAUGGAGGGAAGUUUCAACCACUCAGUGACUGAGACUUUACAGUUACCCGCAAAGCGAGACCCUCUCUACAUCGUCAUCCCCAUCACCAUCGCCUACUCGAUCAUCUUCUUCUCCGGAGUCACUGGGAACAUCGUCACCUGUAUUGUCAUUGCAAGAAACAAGCAUAUGCACACAGCGACCAACUACUAUCUCUUCAGCCUCGCUAUUUCCGACUUACUUCUUCUUGUUUCCGGUCUUCCUCAGGAGAUGUAUUCGAUCUGGUCAAGGUAUCCCUACGUGUUCGGAGAAGUGUUCUGCGUGUUGCGAGGAUUAGCAGCAGAGACGUCAGCCAACGCUACUGUUCUCACCAUCACAGCAUUUACUGUAGAGAGAUACGUAGCCAUCUGCCACCCCUUCUACUCACACACCCUCAGCAAGCUGUCCAGGGCCGUGAGACUGAUCCUUGUCAUAUGGGCUGUGGCCUUGACAUUCGCCAUUCCUCAGGCCCUACAGUUCGGGGUGACUCGGGGGAAAAGACCGGAGAUGGUGCAGUGUCAAGUGCUCAAGGAGAAGGAGAUCAGACACUCUUUCGAGAUCUCGACGUUUCUGUUCUUCGUGCUGCCGAUGACCGUCAUCACGGUGCUGUACGCGUUGAUAGGGCUGCGGCUGAGGAGGUCCGCGCUGCUCAAGAAGACCUCUGGAUCCUUCAGCCGUCACCAGGAGACCAACAGGAGCGUUUGUAGGUCCGCCAGCUCCCGUCGAGUGCUCAAGAUGCUAGUGGCUAUAGUGGUCGCAUUCUUCAUCUGCUGGGCGCCGUUCCAUGCUCAGCGCCUGGUCGCCAUCUACGGUGUGGGUUCAGGUCAAGAGCCUGUGUCGCCGGUCGUCCUGCACGUCUACGUGGUCGUCACCUACCUCUCUGGCAUCCUCUACUACGUGUCAACCACCGUCAACCCCAUCCUCUACCACAUCAUGUCUCUCAAGUUCCGCGAGGCGUUCAAGAAUUUGAAAUCUGCUUUAGGCAAGAGACAUUGUAUCCCUCACUCUGAAAUUGGUUAA